AUGGCCUCCUCCCAGCCAGGCGGCGUCUCCUCCUCCGGUAUCACCGUUGACUCCGUCACCGGAGAACGCUACAUCCCCUCUUCCGUCCGGGCCGACGGCUCCAAGCGUCGUGAAAUUCGUGUGCGGCCAGGCUACCGUCCGCCCGAGGACGUCGAACUCUACAAGAACCGUGCCGCCGAAGCAUGGAAGAACCGCGGGAAAACCGGAAUCCCCGGAGCGGAGGGCUUGAAACCCGACAACGACACCGCUGCAAAGGCAGGAAGCGCCGCCAGCAACAAGAAUGCGAAACGCCGUGAAGCAAAGAAGAAAGCCAAGGAGACCCAGGACGGCUCUGAGCGGACCGCGCAGGGCAAGAAUGUGAAGGAUAUCGAAAAUUGGAGAGCCCCCGCACCGAAGGAGCCGCAGCCGGAGUCGGAACCCGUCGAUCUGGAAGCAGAGAAAGAGAAGAAGGCUCGCAACCUCAAGAAGAAGCUCCGACAGGCUCGUGACCUCCGCGAUAAGAAAAACCAGGGCGAGGCCUUGCUCCCGGAACAGCUGGAAAAAGUGAUCAAGAUUCAGGAGCUGAUUCGCCAGCUGGAUGCACUGGGAUUCGACGCCAAUGGCGACAAGAAGACGGACGUAUGA